AUGAGUGACGAAGAUUCGCUCUCUUUUGAUUCUACCGAUGAGUCUGACGGUGACCACGACUCGCAGGCUGCCUCAAUGUCUAUCGACGGCGAAUACGAAAAUGAAGAUGAAGCACCGUUUUCGUUCGCAGCAGAGCGUAUCGAGGAGUUUGUCGCGUCUUUUUUGAAGCAAUUGAGUUCAGGCCAGCCGAUAAAGCUACGGGUGGCCGAUAGAAGAGCAACAAGUGGAACGAGAACCGUUUCAUUUCCUGCUAAGCGCGCAACUGGGAGCGCGCGUCAACUCACCCAGCUAUUGUCCGUGUUGGAUUCUAUGCAUGAAGCUGUCGUGACUGGUAUACCACUCACCAAACGAGACAUUUAUUAUAAAGACGUUGCGUUGUUCAAGACACAGCGCACGGUCGAUACACUAGUUGACGACUUAGCUGCCACACUCGAGCUAGAACGCGCUGAUCUGAACGUUCGUGCGACGUCCAAAGGACUCGUUUGCGGUUCUGGUAUCACGAUCCAUCUCACCUCGGCAGAAAUUAUUCAAGGAAACGACAGUGAGGGCGCGUUGAUUCCUGUGGGAGAGGAUAUCGAGACAAUUUCGGUGGACGAAAAUGUUGCAUGGGUGCUUGUUGUCGAGAAAGACGCUGUUUUUACGACGCUGAGUCGUCUACUUAUCACGAAACAUCCAGCACUAGGCGGUCGAGGGAUUAUGAUAACAGGAAAGGGUUAUCCUGAUAUUGCAACGCGGCAGCUUGUGGCAACACUUUCGGCCUCCCUACCAUCCAAAGUACCUGUUCUUGGUCUCUUCGACGGAGAUCCCUACGGGGUAGACAUAUUGUCUGUUUACAAGUAUGGGAGCAAGGCCAUGGCGCAUGAAGGGGAGAAACUCCAAGCAGAACGAAUCAAAUAUCUUGGAGUAUUUGGCAGUGAGCUUGCGAAGUAUGGUGUUGACCUGGACGACCUUCUGCCGAUGACGAACAAGGACGAGAAAAAGGCACAAGCUAUGUUGCAGCGGGACAUUCCGACCAAGUGGAAGAAUGAGUUGACACGAAUGCUGCAUUUGAGACGCAAAGCGGAGAUCGAGAUUCUGUCGAGUGGAGAGGGCAGCGAGAGUCCUUUGUUACACCGUGUUCGCCCACCACCUGCUCGGCCACAUAUCGCAAUCCAUUCAUCGACGUAUAACACCAAAUCUGACUGGGAAGACGCAUGGGACAGUGCUUCAGACAGUGACGAUGAACCACCCAAAGCCUCAUCUUCUCGAGUCCAACCAAGACAAGUACCGCGACCCAAUAGCCAUUCCCCUCCCUCCUCUGAAGGCGGCUCUUCUUCGACUCUCGCCUUUUCAUUCACACACAUAUCAAACCCCAGCUCAUAUCCACCGAAAAAUGGGUGGACAAUCGUGAAAACGAAGCCCAAAUCACCUCAAUUGGUGGAAGACUCGACAGAAGAGGUCAACGGCGAUGCAGAUGUAGAAGGCGACAUGAUCUUGGGUGAUCUUGAGCCAGAUUCUAUGGAGCCCAUGGAAAUCAUUCCUCCAACGCCGUCAAAAAACAAAUCCGACCAAGGCGUUAUUCGAGACGACAUUGAAGACGUUAUUGACGAUCCUCUUUGUGGUGUAAAGCAUCGCCCACGGCGCAAAGAGCAUUCACCCCACCGGCCAAACUCUCCUCAAAGCGCGGAACGGUCAGAGAAGCUCAUGCGGGAGCGUUCAAUACGGACAAGUCGACGACACAAGUUUGUGGAAUGUCUGUCGAACCAGGAUGUCAAUAUUGCGGAGCUUCGUAAGCUCGCGUGGGCAGGAAUACCUCCCGAUCUCCGUCCCAUGGCCUGGCAACUACUUCUCGGCUACCUACCACUUCCAACACCAUUGCGUGCUGCAACACUAGCCCGAAAGCGCGGCGAAUAUUCAUCUCUUGUCAAGCUUGCGUUUGCUCGUGAUCGAGAAGGACUUGACCAGCAAAUAUGGCAUCAGAUUGAGAUUGAUGUUCCUCGCACUAGACCUGGUGUCCGCUUAUGGAUGUAUGGUGCUACUCAACGCGCACUUGAGCGUAUUCUCUAUGUCUGGGCCAUCCGCCAUCCUGCCAGUGGCUAUGUUCAGGGCAUCAACGACCUUGCUACCCCAUUCUUCCAAGUUUUCCUCUCCGCCUACGUCGACUCUGAUCCAGAAGCAUUUGACCCCGGGACUCUUCCGACUCGAGCACUGGAGGCGGUCGAAGCUGAUACCUUUUGGUGUCUCAGUCGUUUGCUCGAUGGCAUCCAGGACAACUAUAUUUUUGCCCAGCCUGGGAUCCAACGAAGUGUGCGACGAAUGGCGGAGUUGGUUGCCCGUAUUGAUCCGCCUCUUUCCUCCCACCUCGACACGCAAAAUGUCGAAUUCAUGCAGUUCGCGUUUCGGUGGAUGAACUGUCUGUUGAUGCGCGAAAUAAGUGUACAGAACACAAUACGCAUGUGGGACACUUAUCUGGCUGAAGGGCCAGAUGCGUUUUCACAGUUUCAUCUCUACGUCUGUUCUGCCUUCCUCGUCAAGUGGAGCGACAAACUACGCCAUAUGGACUUCCAGGGCAUCAUCAUGUUUCUCCAAUCACUCCCAACACAGGACUGGGGGGACCAUGAGAUCGAAAUGCUUCUCAGCGAAGCAUUCGUGCUCAAUUCGAUAUGGCAUAACGCCCAGAGUCAUUUCAUCGCCAAAUGA